CCAUGGGGAUUACAGCGGGGGGAGCUACUGACAUCAAGGAAUUCUUCGGACUGAUUGGGAUUGAUGUGGCAUGUCUGCCCAAACCAUUCUUGCAUUGUGUCAACUUGAUUCGCUCCGAUGUCGCGCCCCCCCCGCUAUGUACCCCGAUCUCCGUGUCUUUGAAAAUAUGGAGUCAUCCGUGAGGAGAAUCUGCGGCCGUCGGACAGGCAGGUAAGUGAUCGCCGAGACGGAGCCUGCCGAGAAGGUCAUUCAAGGCAGAAAAAAAAAAGGAAAAAAAAAAGGUUAUAUUGACUUGGCUCCCGCACAAGGUCUUAGUGACCCUGCGAGCUUCCAUGUAUUCUCACUGGAUCAUCUCUAGAAUCACUCCAGAAUUCACACUCAAUACCAAGCAACAGCAACAGCCAUGGCGGGCCUCACCAGGCUCAGUGGCUUCAAUGUCGCCAACUUUUUGGAAAAACGCAAGCUUCUCAUGGCUGUCAACUCCAUGGCUGCAUUGUCAAUCUUCUUCUUUGGAUAUGAUCAGGGGAUCAUGGGGGGAAUAAACAAUGCUAAGCAUUACAUCGACCUCAUGGGCUUCGGCUAUGUUGACCCUGUCACCAAGGAACCUGUUAUAACCGACAGCUUGCUUCAGGGCGGCAUCGUAUCCGUAUACUAUCUGGGCACACUAUGCGGCUGCUUGCUUGGAGGAUGGGUGGGUGACAAGGUUGGCCGUAUCAAAACCAUUGCCUUUGGCGCCGUCUGGGCUAUAUUUGGCGCAUGCUUGCAAACAUCAGCCAUGAACGCCACUUGGAUGAUUUGUUCUCGCUUCAUUAACGGCAUCGGCACUGGAAUACUCAACGCAAUUGUCCCCGUCUGGGCUACCGAGACGGCCGAGCACACUUCUCGCGGACAGUUUAUCGCCAUCGAAUUUACUCUGAACAUCUUUGGUGUUGUUGUUGCCUAUUGGCUCAGCUUUGGUCUUUCAUUUGUCGACAACGGCGAAUCAGCGAUCCGAUGGCGCUUCCCUAUUGCUUUCCAAAUUAUCCCGCUGCUGGUUCUGCUAUCAGCCAUUUGGUUCUUUCCUGAAUCGCCCCGUUGGCUCGCCAAGGUCGAUCGAGACGAGGAGGCGCUUUUCAUCCUCCAGAAGCUACGUGGCACCGAGGGCGGCCGCGCUGACGCUGAAUACCAAGACAUCAAGAACGUGGUCGCGCUUGAGGCUCGCGAGUCGACUCAGAAUUCGUACCUCCACAUGCUCUUCGGCAUCGGCUCCGGCGAGCUGCACACCGGUAGGCGUGUGCAGCUCGUCAUAUGGCUGCAGAUUAUGCAGGAGUGGGUGGGCAUCGCGGGUGUUACGGUCUAUGCCCCGACAAUCUUCCGCAUCGCCGGCUUCGAUACGGAAAAGUCGCAGUGGAUCAGCGGGCUUAACAACAUAUUCUACAUGUUUGCAACCCUUGUCUGUGUCUUCACGCUUGACAAGAUUGGCCGGCGGUGGACCCUGUACUGGGGUGCCGUUGGUCAGGGCAUCUCUAUGUUCCUGGCCGCCGCCUUUUCCAGGCUCGGCAUCGAUGCGAGGGCCGCCGGCAACAGCGGUCAGGCGGACUCGUACGGGGCCGCUGCGGCUGCUUUUGUGUUUAUUUUUACAAGUGUCUUUGGCGCCACCUGGCUCACGGUACCCUGGUUAUACCCAGCAGAAAUAUUUCCCUUGCAAGUUCGGGCCAAAGGAAACGCCUGGGGUGUCGUCGGAUGGUCGAUUGGGAACGGAUGGCUCACACUGCUGUGUCCCGUCAUGUUCAAGGCCAUUGGUGAGAACACGCUGCAUAUUUUCGGUGCCUGCAACGUGUUGGCGAUUCCGAUUGUCUGGGCUUUGUAUCCAGAGAGCAACCAGCGCACGCUCGAGGAGAUGGAUCUGCUGUUCGCUGCGCCCACGCCUUGGGUCUGGGAUGCCGAGAAGACCUUUGCAAGGCUGCAGUCUGAAAGACCCGAGCUGGUGGCAGCUGCAAAACACAAGCAGAAGAUUGUCGAUGUAGAGGGGGUGGUUGGUGAACGGUCCUCGUCGACCGAGCCAGUCGCCGGCCCAUCCGGCACACAUUCAGGGGCUUAGGAUCUUUGGGAGAUUGGCUGUGGGGACUGCUAUGAACACCUGGUUCCUGCAAAGAUCAUUGUGAAGCAAGCCUGUCGGGCCGCAAAUGCUCUGGCAUGGGCACAAAAAUAACUGUUGGCGCAAGGAUGCAGGAUCAGAAAGUCUGUCGAAUUUGUUUGUGACAGCCAAGACCCCUAUAAAUCACAGCCUUGCCGUCAAACCGACAAAAUUGUGACCAAUUAGACGUGUUGAGCCCGCUCUUGGCAGAAGCCCAUCACGCAUGGUUUUUGAGAGGGCAUGGUGGAGGGUUGUUGGAGGGACCAAAGUAAAAUCACAAGGAUGGAUUGCUUCAGCAACACACACACACACACACACACACACACACACACACACACACA